CCUAUAUCUCCACCACCCAUCCAUCACCUUCACUAUAUAAACCACUGCAACCACCCAAAACCCCCAUCGAUCCACACUCUUCAAAAACCACAUCAUCUUCUUCUACAAUGGCUCUUCAUCUUCUUCUCCUUUACAUUUUCGUAACUCUAGUUUUCCCUUACCCCAUCACCACCACCGCCGCACAUAACACCGGUACACCAGAAAAUCUAGUCCGGUCAUCGUGUAUUCAUGCAAACUAUCCAGAUCUUUGUUUAAGAACACUAACAUCAUUCAUGGGUCGGGCUAAUACACCGAAUGAUGUAGCUAAAGCGGCUGUAACGGUAAGUUUAGCUCGUGCACAAAAAGUAUCGGAUUAUUUAAAAGAUCUUUCAAAAAAACGUAACGGCGGUGGUGGUAAGAGAGAAAAUGGUGCUUUGACUGAUUGUGUUGAAGAAAUGACCGAUUCAGUGGAGCAGUUGAAAAAAACUCUUUCGGAGUUGCAACAUCUUCGUAGCAGAACGUUUCGGUGGCAAUUAAGUAACGUUCAGACGUGGGUUAGUGCUGCUCUGACUUAUGAGGAUACCUGUCUUGAUGGAUUUAAGACCGUUGAUGGUGAUAUUAAUAAAGAUGAGAUAAAGAAGAAGAUCAAUAAUUUAGCUAGAAUUACUAGUAAUGCAUUGUAUCUUAUUAAUCGUCUUGAUGAUCAAUCUCCCAAUGGUAGGAAACAUGAUCCAUGAUCGAAAAUGCACGGUCGUGAUUCGUUUUGUAUCCUAGAUCUAUAUCUAUAUAUAUUUGAAAUGUAUACUAUUAUUUUUCUUUUUUCUUUCUUAAUAUUUUUCCCUUUUAAGGGAAAAACAAUGUUAAAUUUAUGCAAAAAUCCAUUAUUCUGAA